CCUGGCAUCUCAUUACGCGAGCUCCACACGUGUUGGUAGGUUCGCCUUCGCAGCCGCCUGUCACACGUCACCUCUUUUGUUACCGAAAAUCAAUUAAUUAGCCCGUGUUUGGAGUCGGAGACGUGUGCGGGGGACCAUGCCCAAGUUCCGCCAGCGAGUGGCGCUUUGUUCCGUCUCCUCCUGAACUUACUUUUCCCUUUAGCAGAUCGAGUGUGGUGUAAGGCGAGAGUGCAAGACGUUUCUAAGGUGUCUGGGCUGCGUGAAGAUCGCGGGAUUUGCAGUGGAGUGGAACCGCGCGGACGUGAUUUGUUGUUACGGACGGGGGCAGGUAGGGCAACCGAAGACGCGCCCGGGUGUUCUCGCCGUAGACAACAACAAGUCUACCGUGAUCGGGCACUGACUGUGUUCCCCCCGUCUUGCUAGCUAGCGAACUUGCGAGGCGGUGUUGAACAUUCCUGCACGGUGUUUUUACCAUGUAAACUGCGUCCUCACGGGAAGGACCGAGCCAAGGUGCGCUGGACGGCGGCGGGGAAUUCGCAAGCAUGCGGCCGCUGCGAGCUGCCUCGCCGGCGGCGACAACUCUACUCCUCUGGACUUUCUGGCUGGGAGCUUCGGCUACAAGAUACUCCGAGGAUCAAUGCGACUGGACAGGAAGCGGUCUGUCGCAACUACAGGAAUCCAAGAGUGUACAACAGGUGUACUUCCGAUGCGUGGAAGGAACGCUCCAAUGGAAAUAUCCGCGGGGCGCGCUACGGAUUGUCCUAGAGCACGGGACGUCCGGAAGAGACUUUAAGGGAUGCGUGCAAGCCGAUCGGACGUUUAGCGGUGCCAACGUUUACCUGGAAGAAGAUGAGAAACUAAAACUGAUAAUCCAAGACGGGGAGUCUUCCGACAAUCUUGAAAGACUAAGAUGUUUUAGUUCCAAGGAGGGAAGAACGGCAUUGUAUGUAGAAGCUGCUGCACACCUAUCCGGCGCUGAGUCAGUGGUCAAAAGAGUCGUGGCUUUAAAAUACGAACUUCAGUUGGUCACGCAUAGACAUUUUGGGGAAGACGACUUCAAAGAGUGCCGACCCUGCAAUGACACAGAGCUGAUGACAGCCUUCUGUAGCAGUGACUUUGUCGUGAAAGCACGGAUCAAGUCGGUGACAAACAACGCCGACACCAAGGAAUCCACGCUGGAGCUCUCGGCGAGCCAGGUACUGCGUCAGAAGGAGACCAUCUUCGUGGAGAACGGGCAUGGGCACGGGCACCACCAUGGGCUUGUACGGACGCCGCUGAAGUGCGGAGUGCAGCAAGGGGAGGGGCAGUUCCUAAUCACGGGAAGCAUCCACUUUGGGAAGGCGCGGCUGGGCUGCGCACCUCGGUUCAAGGAAUUCAAGAAGCUGGCAGAAUAUGCCACCAGGACAGGAAGGAACAUGUGUAACAUGGAGGAGGUGAUGGGUGGGAAGGAUGAUCUAUGACCUGUUCUGUGACCUCCCCAGGUGCCAUACCACCCCCCUCCCACUGUCAUGCUGCUGUGCAGCUGAGCAAAAAGUGGCCCAAGUCCUAUAUGGAAGUGAUUCAACAGGUGAUGCAUUUGCACCCACUACAAAGACGAUUCUUGCUAUCGCUUAACCACUACAAAGUGACCCUUUGUGACUGCAGACUUUUGUACUUUCUUCUCCCAAUAUUGUGCCCAUGGAGAAACGGUUACGGAGGCAAAACUUGGUCACCCUUCCCAAACGUGGAAUGUCUGCGCGCCAUAUGUAACAAUCUGAUGGGACAGUUUGGUCGCAAGGUCGGUACUCCCUGCAGUAGAGGUCACCUUGGCCUAGGACGCACAUUUGGUAACGCCAUCUCUCGUGACCUCAGAAGGACCUUCAGCGAAACUUCCGCCUGAAUAUUAAUGAUAAAGUAAACACCCCUGGAGGUGUAUGGCCUCAGCCACCUUUCACCAAGAUACAGUUCCCAGGUUGAUUCUGCAUGAAGUAUAUCCCCACCUCAGAAUGCCCAGGAUACAUCUGGACCUAAUCAGGGGCCACAAGACUCCUUUGUUUAUGUCUGCUGCCAAGACAAGCAAAGAAAGGCCAAUGUCUCAAUUUAGGGGUCAGUUCAGUGAAACAGUGACUUCAUUUUGUGAUCCUCCAGUCUAAAGGGUGACAUUGACCAAUAUGGGGUGCAAGAUCAUUAACACAAAACACACGCCCAGAACACACAUGGUAGUAGUUAUGUCUUGGAAAGUCUUAUCCCCCGGAAAGGACAGUUUAUUUGAACUGCCACAUCCCCUAGUUGUUAUGGUUAAGAUGCAUCAUGGGUAACGUGAUGGUUGCUAAGCAACCCUCAAAGGAUGAUGACUUCUCCAUAAUCAUUGGAUGCCAAUAUAAACAGUUUUCAGAUUCGUCAAUGUCAUCCCAAAUAUUGAAAUAAGGCAUAUUAGACCACUUCCAUGUAUAGGGACUUACUUAUGUGAAUAGUGUUCAGCACAGGCUUUGAUCACAGUCUAGAAAUGCAAGUGAAAUACUGUAAAAUGCUAAAAGUUGGCAAUGCUGAAUCAGAUUAUUUUGGAGUAGAAAGUAGACAAAUUUCUAGGAAAGCUAUUGUCAUUUUUGGAUUGGCCAAGAUGAAUGUUGGCAAUAAAGAACAAAACUGAAAUAGUUGCCAAAAUAAAGCAGUUGCCAAGUUUCUCCAUUUUACAGUACCUUCUGUAUAUUGAUGUAAAUAGGUGAGAACCACAGAUAAUCUAUUACUUUUUACUUGUAAAUAGUACUCUAGAUUUUAUCGAUCGGAUUGCAAUCAUAACUGCACUUGGUGAGAAAAUCAUUCAUGCUUUUGAAUUUCAACAUGUUUUAAAUCCUCUGCAUGUUAAUAAUACAAUAUCAUGUUGUAAAAAGAAAAGACAAUGAUUUUUUAAAACUAUUCACACCUUGUAGAUAUCCAUUUUUGCAUUCAGAAGAGAUUUUGUGCAAUACAUACUCUUGGCUUUCUGGAAAAUAUUGCUAGUAUAAAAGACAACAUCAUUCAAUAUUUCAUAAGUGUUAUCCUUGUUACAACAUUUGUACUAUCAAUACCAUUAUCAUACUGCAUGUUAUGUACUUUACCACUACCAUGCUGCAUAUCAUGCAAGCUAUGGAUGCCAUAAAAUUGACUUUGUGUGGACUUGACAAUGACAUUCGGCAAUGUGUGUUGACUGUGAUGUGGUAAAGGAAAAAUGCUUAUUUAUUAUAGUACUUUGGAGACCCUUAAACGUUUGGAUAUUCUGAAAUGGUCACAGGAAAACAUCAUUUGUAGUAAUCACUCGACUCCAGGCAUAAAUGACUCUUUAGAAUUACAACUCCAUGACCAAUGGCUGAGCUUAUCUCUACAAGAUAAAGACAGCUGUUCUUUACAAAUUACAGUGGUUCUUGUUGGAGUUGAACCACACACAGAGCGCUAUGUCAAUGUUCUCAAGUCAUGAUUUCGACCUCCUUGUAUCAUAUUGUACGCAUCUUUGUAAUCAUCACCAAACAAUACAUGUGUGUUAUGCUGCUGUUGUGUUUUAAGCCCAAGCAUAAUUAGAUAUUGGCAAUCAUGAAUGGUAAGUCUACACAGCUGUUAGAUUACCCUUGUUUGUGUAGAAUUCUGUUUUAGAUUAUUCAAGAAAGCCUUUGCAUUCUAACUUAUACGUGGACCCAGCACAAGGAAACAGAGAGGGCAUCAAAUUCUUUGUGUUUAUUGGUUACCGGAAGGAUGACGUAAAACCCCAAACGCCCCGGGCAAAUCCUGAAAGUGAAAGGAAAUUAUCAACGUUGCUGACAUGCUGUUGAAAUUUUUGGAGAAUUUGAUAAGGACUUCACCAUCAGUUAUUUUCUGAAUCAUCAGUUGUGGGUUUCAAGGACUUUAUUGAAAGAAUCAUUUCUCAAAAACUAAAUCUUAAAGUUAUGAGACAUGUGAAUUUUGAGCAGUAUUUGCAAAAUGAAUAAUACUUUCAUGGGAUUUAAGGAUUUUUUUGCAAAGGAUGUACUCCUACUAGGCCUGCGAACAUCUGUUUCUUCCCAGUCUUCAGUUUUUUUCCCCGGCAAAUUUUACAUCCAGAAAGAAACAGGAAAGACCUUUUAGUUUUGUUACAUUUUUAUGUGAGCCAAAGCCGUCUAAUUACCGGCUCUCAUUUGGAACAUGUUUCCUUCUACGCAACAAACAGCCAGAGACGGUGGAGGAUUCUCAACCAUUUUGAGCCCAAAUGUUUUAUUUCCACACCUGGUAGCAUACAUCACCAGACCGUGGGAAAGAGAAGUCAGAAACCCAUGGUGGUACAUAGGGGAGGGAGCUUUGGGCUCUUAUGCCCUUAUUGGGAUCCUACACCCCUUUUGGAGUGGACCAUUUGUGAUAUAGGAAGACAGUAUUUGGAAAUAUCUUACAAAAGGAGUUGUAUUAUAAAUAUGCCAUCUGAAAUGAACUGUUUGCUGCCUUCAAAGUUAACCGUGCUAAGCGUAUAAUCGUCAUUUGUGUUCUCUUGUGCUGGUGUCCUGAUAUAUUUAAAACAGAAUGUCCUUGUUAUUGAAGUUACUUCACUGCCAUUUCUUCCUUUGCGAGCUUGUUUUGUAAAGAACUUGUUAGAAGUGUGAGAUAAUGGGACCACUUGUGUUAGCAAGAUUUUAUAUUCCAACAAAUAAGUUAUUUACAGAAGUGAUACAAUCAUAUGAAGUGUACAUAAAAAUGUCUUGCCAUGCUUGAGAAGAUGAGUUUUUACCGUUUUUGUUCUGAAAUGUAUGCUUUUGUUGUUGUUUUCUAGUAUGCUGAUUGUCCGAUGUUGAUGUUGGUUUGUAGCUGCUAUGUUAGGGAUGUGUUUCUUCUGUGAGUGCGGAGUCUUUUAGCUUGCAGUGAUGUACAGGAUAUGCUUCAAGUUAAAGUUUUGUGCAAGAACAAAGAUGUGUACCAUACCAAAAAAUGAUGUAAAUACUACUUAUUCCUGACAAUGAAAAUGCUGGAAUAAAGUGGAAUAUGGGCAAUGAA